AGUGUCUAAUAAGCAUUGAGAAGAUAACAACAACUCCCCCAAACCCCCAAAUAAACCUGCAGCCAAUGAACCACCAGAAACUUCAUCCUCUGCUUCCACCCAUUCCCCUUUAAAACCCACCAUUAUCACUGUCUCUCUCUCUCCAUCAAAUUCAAACACACACACUCUCUCUCACUAUGUCACAUAACCAUUGAAGACUUAAAGCUUACUCUGUUUUCAACCACUUCUACACAUCCAUGGCUUCCUCUUUCUUUUUCAUUUUCCUUUCAAUCUUCUUACCACUUAUUUCUCUAUCCACCUCACAAAUCUUACUUCUAUCUCUAACGCACUCACUCUCCCCAACACAGUUCAACUCCACUCCUCACCUCCUCAAAUCCACCUCCACCCGCUCCUCCACCCGCUUCCACCACCUCCGCCCACACCACCCCCCACCCCGCCGCCAAAUCUCCCUCCCUCUCUCCCCCGGCAGCGACUACACUCUCUCCUUCUCCCUCGGCUCCAAUCCCCCCCAAACCAUCUCUCUCUACAUGGACACCGGCAGCGACCUCGUCUGGUUCCCCUGCCACCCCUUCCAAUGCAUCCUCUGCGAUGGCAAAUACAACCCCUCCACCAUUUCCAACCCCGACCCCCUCAAUCUCUCUGCCUCUUCCUCACCUGUUUCCUGCAAAUCUCCCUCCUGCUCCUCCGCCCACUCCUCCUCUUCCCUCUCCUCCUCCGACCUCUGCGCCGUCGCUCGAUGCCCUCUCGAAUCAAUCGAGAUUUCCGAUUGCGCCUCCUUCUCUUGCCCACCAUUUUACUAUGCUUAUGGUGAUGGAAGCUUAAUCGCUCGCCUCUAUACCGAUAGUUUAUCGAUACCCAUGUCUUCGCCAUCGCUGAUUAUUCGAAAUUUCACUUUUGGGUGCGCUCACAGUGCCCUCGGUGAACCUAUUGGGGUUGCUGGCUUCGGCCCAGGAGUGCUUUCAUUGCCCGCACAGCUCGCUAGCUUCUCUCCCCAACUGGGUAAUCAAUUCUCUUACUGUUUGGUUUCUCACUCGUUCAAUGCGAACCGAGUUCGCCGCCCGAGUCCGCUCAUUCUGGGUCGAUACUCAGUUGAUAAUAAGCAGAAACAAUUGGGGAACAGUAAUGAUGAUGCUGAGUUUGUGUACACUCCAAUGCUUGAUAACCCAAAACACCCUUAUUUCUACAGCGUCGGACUCGAGGCUGUGACGGUCGGAACGCUGCGGAUUCCGGCGCCGGAGAGCUUAAAGAGGGUUGACGGCGGCGGAGACGGCGGCAUGGUGGUGGAUUCCGGGACUACUUUUACUUUUCUGCCACUGCAACUGUACGAAUCGGUGGUGGUUGAGUUCAAUCGCCGAGUUGGGAAUGUUCACAAACGAGCGAGUCAAAUCGAGGAUAACACGGGACUCGGUCCGUGUUACUACUUCGAUGACUCGGCUGGUGACGUGGCUAAAGUGCCAGCUGUGGUUUUUCAUUUCGUGGGGAAUUCUAGUGUGGUGCUGCCUAGGAGGAACUAUUUUUACGAGUUUUUUAACGGUGGUAAUGAUGGGAAGGGGAAGAGGAAGGUUGGGUGUGUGAUGCUGAUGAACGGUGGUGAUGAUGCUGAGGCGAGUGGGCCCGUGGGGACGCUUGGGAACUACCAGCAACAAGGGUUUGAGGUGGUUUAUGAUUUGGAGAAGCGUAGGGUUGGGUUUGCGAGGAGGAAGUGCGCAUCUUUGUGGGAUAGACUGAACUAAAGCUAACUUGCGCCGCCUCUGUGGGUGCGUUGACUUUUCUUUUUUGGGUCGGGUCAAGGCGUGCGGGUUGGGAUGGAGGCUUUGACGGGCACGGAUCGGGGGAGUGAGGAGAGUCCAAGUAUUGGAAUUUGGGUUUUGUACAUUUCAAUUUUCGCUCCUUGCAAUGGUGUAAAUUUCAAUGUUGAUAAGGGACAUAAAAAAUGAUGGUUGUGAUGUAAGAUUGCAAGAAACGAAAAUUGGAGUAAAUAAAGCUACGACUUUAAAAAAAAAAAGAGUGUAAAUAGGGACAUUAGGAUAUAAAAAAGAAAAAAUAUUUUGACUUGUAUAAGAGUUAUUUGUGUUUUUUAUACUUUUGAGUGAUUGUCUAUGCCUUUUAGAUUUCGAAAUGAACAAGCUAGCCUAGUGUGCAUAGUU